GGGACUUCCGGCGUCGCUUCCGGAGUCAUUUUAGCCUGGGGGUCUGGAGAGCGCUGGGGGCGGGCUCAGGCCCGGGGUCGUGCCUGCUGCUCGCCGGCUGGCUUGAGGGGCUUUGACAGCCGUUUCCGGGACAACGCCCCCCGCGGAGACCGAUGGCGGUGGACGCUGUAGGCGACUCGGUUCGGGUUCCUGCAACCGCACAAGUGCUGAUGGAGUUCGCACAGGACUGUGUGACCUUUGAGGACGUGGCCAUUUCCUUCUCCCAGGAAGAGUGGGGGCUUCUUGAUGAGACUCAAAGGCUCCUGUACCUCGGUGUGAUGCUGGAGAACUUUGCACUUGUAACCUCACUGGUUUAUUGGCAUGGAAUGGAGAAUGAAGAGAUACCUUCUGAGCAGGUUUCUCUGGAAGGAACAUCACACGUCAAAACUCCAAAGAGAAGUGCAUCCACCCAGGAGACUCACCCCUCUGAAGUAUGUGUCCCCCAGAAAGACAUUUUGCAACUGACAGAUCAACCUGCACAGAAACCAUACUUGAUGGGGACACACACAAACUUUCAGCAGGACCGCAAUAUCCAGAGUUCGGAAGAAGCCUUGAAAAGAGAGUUGGAUAAUGUUUCAUUUAGGAAGAGCUGCAGAGUGCAUGUGUCAGGAAAGACUUUCACCUGGGGGAUGGUGGGAAAAGACUUCUCUUCCACAUUGGAUAUUAUCCAGCCUCUGGCCAUUCCCAGCUGUGAGAAGUCAAACACAGUCACUGAGUUUGGGGAGACUUUUCCUAUUGGAAUAACCCAUUACAAGUGGGGUGAAUUAAGAAAAGCUUCUAGCCACAAACAUACUUCUGUUCACCACCCAAGAAUCUAUACUGGAAAAAGGCUUUAUGAACCUACCAAAUGUGGGAAAGCCUACCACUGCAAGUACUCACUUACUCAGCUUCAGAAAAUGCACAACAGAGAAAGGCCUUACAAGUGCAGUGUCUGUGGGAAAACUUUUAGCCAGACCUCCCAUUUGAAUGACCACCGCAGAAUCCACACUGGAGAAAGACCUUAUGAAUGUGAUCAGUGUAGGAAAUCAUUUAGCCAAAGAGCUACCCUCAUUAAACAUUACAGAGUUCACACUGGAGAAAGGCCUUAUGAAUGUGGUGAAUGUGGGAAAUCCUUUAGCCAAAGUUCUAACCUCAUUGAACACUGCAGAAUUCACACUGGAGAAAGGCCUUAUGAGUGUGAAGAAUGUGGGAAAGCCUUUGGGUCCAAAUCCACUCUUGUUCGGCACCAGAGAACUCACACAGGUGAAAAGCCUUAUGAGUGUGGUGAAUGUGGGAAAUUCUUUACACAGAGUCACAGCUUGCUUGAACACCGGAUAAUUCACACUGGAGCAAGGCCUUACGAAUGUAGCCAAUGUGGCAAAUCCUUUGGCCUAAAGUAUGGCCUCAUUCAACACCAGUUAAUUCAUAGUGGAGCUAGGCCUUUUGAAUGUGACCACUGUGGAAAAUCCUUUAGCCAAAGGGCAACCCUCAAUAAACACCAUAAAGUUCACACUGCAGAAAGACCUUAUGAGUGUAGAGAAUGUGGGAAGGCUUUUAUGUUCAAAUCCAAACUUGUUCGGCAUCAGCGAACACACACUGGAGAAAGGCCUUUUGAGUGCAGCGAGUGUGGGAAAUUCUUUAGACAAAGCUAUACCCUCGUUGAACACCAGAAAAUUCACAGUGGAUUAAGGCCUUACGAAUGUGGCCAAUGUGGGAAGUCCUUUAUCCAAAAGUCUGGUCUCAUUCAACACCAGGUAGUUCACACUGGAGAAAGGCCUUAUGAGUGUGGCAAGUGUGGGAAAUCUUUUACGCAACACUCUGGUCUCAUUCUCCACCGAAAAUCUCACACCAUGGAGAGGACUUGUGAAGGCAACAAAUAUGGAGAAGGCUAUGGAGACCUUAGGGUGAAGGUUUAGCAUCGUUUAACUCCUGAAAGUCCCUACUUUAGAAAGUCCUUAGAUUUAUAGGGAAUGUGCUGUUUCUUUUUUUCAGUUUUAGCCUCUGUGGGAACCACUUCCCCGAAGUUGAACCUCAUACUUCCAGGUAUCUAGCAGGAUAAGAUUCCCUGUGAGUUCUAAGUAUAGAUGAGGCUUAGAGGAGCUUCUGUGCCCAUUCUAAACAGUCCAAGUCCCUUGCCAGUGUUCUGUCUCUGCCACCUUUUUUUUUAGGAGCCAUUUUCCUCUACCACCUUGCAGUGUUGUCUUCAGUUGCUUCAGCAUGGCUAAAGGAAAUCAAAUAUUGGCUUAUUUCCUGGAGGAAGUCUUAAAGAGCCUGGGCCUUUAGGGGGAGUUCAUUCCCUUUUCUGACUGGUUACAGUGUGCAUCUGACCCAUUUGUUAUUUGAAGAUCUGAUCUGCAGUCUGCUGGAGGCUUCAAGGAAUGGCUGACCAUGAAAAUUCUUAGUCUCAUGUGACACGAUUGAUUUUUGCAGCCUUCCAUUCACCAGCUGGUAACUCAGCCUCAUACUGCCCUGGUUCAUGGACUAAUAAAUGCUUUAUUGUUGAAUCUA